GGAAGGCGCCGCCGUCACUUCCCCGGCCGCCAUCUUGUCGGGGCUGAGGCAGCGCCCGCCGGCCCCGCUCCGUGUGCGCGGCCCGCCUGCCCCGAGCGCCGACCCGCCAUGGCCAACAACAGCCCCGCGGUGGCGAACUGCCAGGGGCAGCAGGUGGCCCAGCACCCGCCCGGCGCCGUCCCGCCCGUGCAGCAGCCGCUGCAGACCGGGGGCCCCAAGCCGGCGGCCUCGGGCAAGCAGGGCAACGUGCUGCCGCUGUGGGGCAACGAAAAGACCAUGAACCUGAACCCUAUGAUCCUCACCAACAUCCUCUCGUCGCCCUACUUUAAGGUGCAGCUCUACGAGCUCAAGACCUACCACGAAGUGGUGGACGAGAUCUAUUUCAAGGUAACACAUGUUGAACCAUGGGAAAAGGGCAGCAGAAAAACAGCAGGCCAGACAGGGAUGUGUGGAGGGGUGCGUGGUGUUGGAACUGGAGGAAUUGUGUCUACUGCUUUUUGUCUGCUCUACAAAUUAUUUACACUGAAGCUCACUCGUAAACAAGUGAUGGGCCUUAUCACUCAUACAGACUCCCCAUAUAUUAGGGCUCUUGGAUUUAUGUAUAUUAGGUACACACAGCCACCUACAGAUCUAUGGGACUGGUUUGAAUCUUUUCUUGAUGAUGAAGAGUUCUUAAAAAUCUGGAAGCAGUUCAUCUUUUGUCAUGCUGCUGUGAAAACCUUCCCAGGACACAGUUACUUUUCAGAAUGCUUCUUAUGUUUAUUUUGUUUAACUGACCUGGAUGUGAAGGCAGGUGGGGGUUGCGUUAUGACCAUAGGGGAGAUGCUUCGUUCCUUCCUCACAAAGCUUGAAUGGUUUUCCACGUUGUUUCCAAGAAUUCCUGUGCCAGUCCAGAAAGCCAUUGACCAGCAGAUUAAAAGCAGACCUAGAAAAAUCAAGAAAGAUGGCAAGGAGGGGAUGGAAGAAGUAGACCGGCAUGCAGAACGUAGACGUUCAAGGUCUCCAAGACCAAGAUCCAUCAGUCCCAGGAGGUCUCCUAGAAGAUCGAGAAGCAGAAGUCACCAUCGGGAAAGCCAUGGAUCAUCUAGUUUUGAUAGAGAACUAGAAAGAGAACGAGAACGGCAGAGAUUAGAACGUGAAGCAAAGGAGAGAGAAAAAGAAAGGCGGAGAUCUCGAAGUACCGAUCGCUCACUAGAACGGAGGCGAAGCAGAAGCAGGGACAGAUACAGAAGCCGGAGUCGAAGUCGUGACAGGAAGGGAGAUAGAAGAGACAGGGAUAGGGAGCGAGAGAAAGAAAAUGAGCGGAGUCGGAAAAAAGAGAGAGAUUAUGAUAAGGAAAGAGGUAGCGAGAGGGAAAAAGAUCGAUCUAGAGAAAGGUCAAAAGAAAGGAAAAGUAAGGGUGACACAGAGGAGAGGAGACACAAGGAUGACAAAGAUGAGAAGAAACACCGCGAUGACAAGAGGGAUUCCAAAAAAGAGAGAAAGCAUAGUAGAAGUCGAAGCCGGGAAAGAAAGCAUAGGAGUAGGAGCCGAAGCAGGAACACAGGUAAGCGCAGCAGAAGCAGGAGCAAAGAAAAAUCAAGUAAACAUAAAAAUGAAAAUAAGGAGAAGUCCAAUAAAAGAAGUAGAAGCAGAAGCAGAGGAAGAACAGAUAGUGUUGAGAAGUCCAGAAAACGAGAUCAGAGUCCCAGCAAAGAAAAAUCUAGGAAGCGUAGCAGAAGCAAAGAACGUUCCCACAAACAUGAUCACAGUGAUAGCAAGGACCAUUCUGACAAACAUGAUCGUCGAAGGAGCCAAAGUACAGAACGAGAGAGCCAAGAAAAGCAACAGAAAAACAAAGAUGAGACUGUGUGAAUUCUUUCAAAAAUGGAUCACAUUGAAUCCUAUAAAUGUUUGAUUAAAUCCUGCUUAUUUUUUCUUAAAGUUGAGAUUGUGCAGUAGUUGAUGAGCACUCUUCUCCAACCUCCCUCUAGGCUGCAGAUUGUCAUUUCCUAUUUUCGGUAGGGAAGUGCCUUUGUAAACCCAUUCAAUGCAUUGACGGUUUCAAACCAUUUGUUUAGUUUAAUUUGUAAUGCCGAGAUUGUUCUUGCAUUUUUAUUGUUCAGAUGUUUCUGAAAUGUACAGUCUGUACAUAUGUCCUGAAAAUGUUUUAAUUCCUUUGGCAUGGUUGCCAUGUUGGUUAAAUUUGUAUGAGGCAAUAAACUGCCACUAAUUAUA